UUGUAUGAAUUGUUGAAGAAAAUAUAAGUUGAUAGUUUUAUGAAUUUUAAAAUAUAAGUUGAUAGUUUUAUGAAUUUUAAAAUAUAAGUUGAUAGUUUUAUUAAUUUUAAAAUCGAAAGAUGUGCAGCUAUUUCGAAGAAGCAUCAUAAGUUGUGCAAAAUGUGAGGAAAGUGUUCUUCGGCAUCAAUCUCGUGUGGAAGUGGGAGGAAAGUGUGCUUUCUCGUUUUAUUCCCUCGAUAAUUAGAGGGACAGUCGUUUCCAGGCUACAAAUUUCUCUUUACAAAUAAGAGAGGAGUUUGCUGAAUGGCGGCGUCAUCGAAAAUGAAUCCGGAAGAGCAUACAAAUAAAACUAACGAAGCUCUAGCAUCAGGUUUAAAGCAUGCUCAAGAAUCUGGUCAUGGACAAUUAACUCCCUUUCACUUGGCCAUUGCUCUUGCAGAGGAUGCUUCUGGACUACUGCAACAGGCGAUUUCGUCUACUGGAACUGGAGAUCAAUCAGUGGAAUCCGUUAAGAGGGUCCUGCGCCAGUACCUGGAAAAUAUGCCGUCCCAAAACCCUGCUGCAGACGACAUUACUACCAGCACUGCUUUAAUUAAAUGCAUAAAGCGCACUCAAUCGGUACAAAAGAAGAAAGGAGACACCCUUUUGGGCAUAGAUCAUCUUAUACUUGGAUUGUUGCAGGAUUCACAAAUUGUGGAAAGCUUUGAAGAAGCAGGCGUGAGCGCUUUGACGAUUAAAUCUGAAGUUGAGAAGCUAUGGGAACAGGGUAAGAAGGUGGAGACUGUCUCUGGUGAUACCGAUUUCCGGGCCCUGAAGUUAUAUGGUCGCGACCUUGUGGAAGAAGCUGGGAAGCUUGACCCAGUUAUUGGCAGAGAUGAAGAAAUCAAGAGAAUCAUCACAAUUCUGUGUCGGAGGACGAAGAGCAAUCCCGUGCUAAUUGGAGAGCCUGGUGUUGGAAAGACUGCUGUGGUGGAGGGACUCGCUCAAAGAAUUGUUAGAGGAGAUGUGCCAAGCAAUUUGCUUGAAGCUAGAUUGAUAGCAUUGGAUAUGGGAGCCCUAGUGGCUGGAACGACGUACAGGGGUGAUUUUGAAGAGCGACUUAAAUCUGUAUUGGAGGAGGUAGAAAAAUCACAAGGAAGAGUCAUCCUAUUUAUUGAUGAAUUACAUUUGGUUGUUGGUGCUGGGUGCUGUGAGGGUUCAAUGGAUGCUGCUAAUUUAUUUAAACCAAUGCUUGCUCGUGGACAACUGAAGUGUGUGGGAGCAACUACAUUAGAUGACUUCAGAAAAUAUGUGGAGAAAGAUGCUGCAUUCGAGCGUCGAUUCCAGCAGGUGUACUUGGCUGAACCCAGUGUGGCUGAUACCAUCAACAUUUUACGUGGUUUGAGAGAAAAGUACGAAGGACACCAUGGUGUGAGGAUCAUGGACAGAGCAAUAGUGGUUGCUGCCCAAUUAUCCAGUCGUUAUAUAACUGAUCGGCAUCUUCCGGACAAAGCAAUUGAUCUAAUUGAUGAGGCAUGUGCAAAUGUGAAAGUACAAUUAGAUAGUCACCCUGAAGAAAUUGAUGCACUUGAAAGGAAUAAAAUUCAACUAGAAGUUGAGCUGCAUGCUCUUGAAAAGGAGAAAGACGAAGCAAGCAAGGCUCGGCUGUCGGAGGCUCACAAAGAGGUUGGUGAUUUGAGAGAUAAGAUGCUCCCUCUUAAAAUGAAAUUCCGGAAAGAAAAAGAGAGAGUGGAUGAAAUCCGUCGAUUGAAGCAAGAGCGUGAAGAAUUGUUGUAUACUCUGCAGGAGGCAGAGCGUAGGAUGGAUCUAGCAAGAGUCGCCGAUGUAAAAUAUGGGGAUCUUCAAAAGAUAGGUGGAGCAAUUGCUCAACAUGAAACUAAUAUUGGAGGAAAUUUAAUGUUAACAGAGGUUGUAGGACCUGAUCAAAUUGCAGAGGUGGUGAGUCGUUGGACUGGUAUUCCUGUUACCAGGCUUGGCCAAAAUGAGAAGGAGAGGCUGUUAGGUUUGGCUGAAAGGUUGCAUAAAAGAGUUGUUGGGCAAGACGAAGCAGUUAAGGCAGUUGCAGAUGCUGUGCUUAGAUCAAGGGCAGGACUAGGUAGACAACAUCGACCUACUGGAUCCUUUCUAUUCUUGGGACCCACUGGAGUUGGUAAAACAGAGCUUGCAAAGGCUCUUGCAGAACAACUGUUUGAUGAUGAAAACCUGCUAGUCCGGAUUGAUAUGUCUGAAUACAUGGAGCGGCAUUCAGUUUCUAGGCUCAUCGGUGCUCCACCUGGAUAUAUUGGUUAUGAAGAAGGUGGACAACUGACUAAUGCAGUUAGAAGACGGCCAUAUAGUGUUGUUCUCUUUGAUGAAGUUGAGAAGGCACAUGUAUCUGUAUUCAACACCUUGCUUCAGAUGCUUGAUGAUGGUAGAUUGACGGAUGGACAUGGUCGGACGGUUAACUUCUCCAACACAGUCAUUAUCAUGACAUCCAACCUCGGAGCAGAGCACUUGCUUGCAGGACUCUCUGGAGUCACGUCCAUACAAGUUGCGCAAGAGAGAGUAAUGCAAGAAGUGAGAGAGCAUUUCAGGCCAGAGCUAUUAAAUAGACUUGAUGAGAUAGUUGUAUUUGAUCCUCUUAAAAAUGAGGAGCUGAGGAAAGUUGCUAGAUUGCUGCUGACAGAUGUUGUUGUUCGGCUUACAGAGAGGGGAGUGAGUUUGGCAAUUACUGAUGCAGCUUUAGACCUUGUCCUUGUGGAAGCCUAUGAUCCUGUUUAUGGUGCUAGACCCUUAAGACGCUGGCUGGAAAAGAAUGUUGUGACCCGACUGUCUCGAAUGCUAAUCAGUGGAGAAAUUGAUGAAAACAGUGCUGUUAACAUAGAUGCUGUGUCUGGGCAGUCAAAGUUAUCCUAUCAUGUCGAGAGGAAUGGAAGGCUAGUUACUGAGCUAAAAUCAGAUGCCUUAACAGAAAUUCCUGCUAGUACAGUAAAAUCUGAUGCAUUUCAGGCUGUGAUGAAAAUUAGAAUUGAAGAAAUAGACGACGAUGAAAUAAUAGAAGAAACGAUGUGAUGUGCUUAAUCUUCCCACUAAGUUGUGACAUCAUAUCUAGUACAAAUUUUGUGAGGACGGGCUAAACCUGAUCAAUAGCAUGGUUUUGAUGUGGAACAUUCGCUGUAAUAGUUUCCUCCCACGUUCAGUUGGUUGAGUGGUCUCUAAUUAUUUCACUCUAUAAAGCCAUAAAGUACAUGGCAAUGAAACCCUAGAUAGCAUAUUGGAAUAUGUAGGACCCAAAAAAUUUCAUAAAUAAAAAUGGGAGUUUCAGAAUAAAACCAUCCAUUA